AUCACUUCCGGGUCACCGGCAGAUUGAGCGUGUUGUUGACUUCACAUCGCUGUCUUGUAGUUGUUUUCUGUUCUCUGUUAAUGUCGCAAUAAUGUAGACAAGAAGAAUAUCUGUGAGCCGUCCAUGACACGCGUGACCGGCGUCCGUACGUGCGGGAUCCCGCGUGAAGAUUGUGUGGACGUGAUCGACUGAAGGAAAGAAGAGGGAGAAUGUGGCAGAGUGUUGGUCUCACAGUGCUGGUGAUCGUGGCCACGCUGAUAUGUGUCCUGCUCUUUAUGCUGUUUGGGUGGUACGUGGUGUGGCAGCUCUUCCUAUCCAAGUUUAAGUUCCUGCGGGAGAUGGUGGGCGACACGGGUUCACCGCAGACAGAAACCGAGCCUUCUGAGUCAGAGAGUGAACGCAGCUCGCCCCCGACGCCCCGCCACCGACCCAAGACGGCUCGCCAAAGGAUCGCCCCUCCUGACAGCACUACAUGAAGACCCGCACGUCCAAUGAUCGCUUUCUUAUUUUCGGCUGAAAUCAUGCAUUGGACCAGACCUCCAUCAGCUGCUGUGCUCUCCUCUACAUCAGUCGUCAUGGUUACACUGGUUCCCUCACUGGGUUUGGAUAUGACACGAUAUGAACUCGGACACUUAAAGUUUUGUUGUCUGAACAAACAUGUGAAUUCCAGCUCAACCUCACAUUCACAUCCCAACUAACACGCUGCUACCCUCAUCCAGGCCCGGAAAACAGUUAAAUAUAUUCACCUGUGAGCGUCAUAUAUGUUAACUUUAACUGACCUGUUCAAAUCUGAUAGCAGCUGACAACCAAACAUCCAACGUUUCUGUUGGCUUAACACCAUCACUAUUCAUACUGACAUGUCUUCAGUGAGUGCAAUGAAACUUCAGUUUUAUUUCGAGUAGAAGUGACAAAUUGAUGUUAAGAAUCACCCCAUUAGGAAGGUGAUGAUGUUAUAAAAUGUCCCGUGCAGUUCUGGUUUCUUCAGGCUUUAGUGCUGUAAGAUGGCUGUUCACGUUUUGCUGAUCUCAGAUGUAUCUGUCAUCACCAGCUUUCUAAAAGCUUUACAGCCACACUGACCUUAGAUCAGCCUGGACCUGCCUAAAAUUUGUGGGUAUUCACACAAAACCUGUGACUGUAAUUAAAGGUUACGUCACUCAUUAUGUUUUUUUUGGGCAGUUGAUUUUUCCCUUCAUAAAAAAUACAUUUCAUAAAACCA